CAUCAAUAUGGCGCUGUCCAUGGUUUAUAUGACUGUCCCGACUUCUAGUUCUUAUACAUUUGUCUUAUGAAGGUGUUUUUUUUUAAUGCAUUUAACGAACUAAAUAACAGAUUUUUAGUUGAAAUGACUUUUUCUUUUUUAUAGUUUGGCCUUUCAAUUGCCCAAAGGACAUUUGUUAGUGCCUGGGUAGCACCAUGUCUGGAUCAAAUGUGUGGAGUCGCAGCCGGGAGAAAAUAAGACUUUUUCCCGAAAUUUUUGCACAGUGUGCGAGUGAGGCAGCAGCAUAUGGAAAAUGUGUAGCAGCUACAACAACAGGCGGCCAGGAGCUAAAGAAGGACCUCUGUGCCAAAGAGUUUGAAGCGUUGAAGACUUGCUUUACAAAUGCAGCCAAGAAAAGAGCCAAAUGAAGAGCAACUGAUGCCCUGCUGCUAUCUCCUACUGAAACUGUGUAAUUCUGUAACAGUGAACAAAAUAAAGUUAUAUCCGUUUAUAGCAAACAAAAAAACGUCAAUAUUGUAGUAGAUCUUAUUUAUUCUUAUCACCAAGAUGUACAGAAAUACAUUGCACAUAGAAAAAAACAUUUGUAGAAAGCAAAGGUCCAAGAUGUUCAGCUGGUAACGGAUUAAUUUGAAGAGAUUGGCUACUAAGAAACGAAAAACAAAAUCAGGUUUUUGUUCCACCAUCCUUACAUGUUAUUACCACAACUGAUUAAAACAAGGGAUAUUUUGGAACACAAAUACACCACAAAGUACUGCAGCAUAAGGAUUAAAAGGCACCUAUGAACCAACAACA